AUGGCGCUUUCAACGCCAAGUUCUGCUUCCUUCAAGGUCGCUUUCGAAGGCUGUGGUCACGGCUGUCUAGAUGAUAUCUAUGCUUCAGUCCAAAAGAAUGCUGCUAGUAAAGGAUGGACCGGUGUUGAUCUGGUGGUCAUUGGUGGUGAUUUUCAGGCUGUCCGCAACUCUCACGACUUGACUUGUAUGGCUGUGCCACAGAAGUACAAGGAGAUUGGGGACUUCCAUGACUACUAUAGCGGCCAAAAAACUGCUCCUUACUUGACUGUCUUUAUCGGUGGCAAUCAUGAGGCUAGCAAUUACCUCUUCGAGCUCUACUAUGGCGGUUGGGUUGCACCCAAUAUCUACUAUUUGGGGGCAUCCAAUGUAAUUCGUUGUGGCCCUCUUCGCAUCGCCGGCCUGUCUGGGAUUUGGAAAGGUUAUGACUACCGAAAGCCACACUUCGAACGGCUGCCUUACAAUAAAGACGAUGUUCAAAGUGUGUAUCACGUUAGGGAGCUAGAUGUUCGCAAGCUUCUCCAAGUUCGCACUCAGGUCGACCUUGGUCUUUCUCAUGACUGGCCCAAGCAGGUUGAGCUCUCUGGUGACUAUGAGACACUUUUCAGAAUCAAAAGAGGCUUUCGCGAUGACUCUAACAAUGGAAAACUGGGAAACACCGCUGCAAAAUAUGUACUCGACCGUCUCCGUCCUGCCUUUUGGUUUUCUGCUCAUCUUCAUGUGAAAUUCACUGCUGCCAUCCACCAUGGUGACAACGGAUCUUCUCGUCCUCUUACAAGGGGAGCCACUUAUCAAAACAGCCCCCUUCAAACUUCUUCUUCGCUGAAACAGUUUGGUAUGGAUGGCGCACUCGUCACGUCAAUGAUUGACGAAGAUGAGGAGAAGCCGGCAGGCCAGCCAGAUGGCCCAAUCAACUCUCUUGACAAUACCAUGCCAACCGCCGGAAAUCCCAAAGAAGAUGACAUCUCCGGGCAUGUCGCCAAUGAUAAUUCUACCCCCGAAAACGCAGACACUCAGACUGAGGUCGGCAACACCGCUCGCAUGUCACCAUUGAAGCGCACUCGUGGAGACGACCAGAGUCGAAUUUCUGCCUGGAAUAACUUCCAUGCUGUAGCGUCUAAGAAUGAAGCUGCCGAGAAUGCUCGCCGCUUGGCGGAACCACGAGACCCAUCUGCUCCGGAGGUAGAUUACAGCGUAACCUGGCGCCAGAUCUCGGUUGAUGAGGAUCAGCCCCUGCGCAAGGUCACAAAUGUCGAGCAGCCCGUUGGCGAUGGUGGCAAUCCUGAUGCGAAGAAACAAAAGAUUGAACACCAGCCAAUGCUUGUCAAGAACUCUGAUGAGAUCGAUUUGGACUUGGACAGCGAGUCGGAUGUCGAGAAAUCAGUGAAGAAUGAAAAUAAAAUUGAGCGUCAGGAAGCCAGCGAGACUACGACCACUCAAACUCUACCGGCUGGUGCUAUCAGCGAUUCAACCAAUAUCACAGAGGACCAACAAAAGCCCAACCCCGAAGUGGAAAGUGCCGUCCCAGAAGACAUUCGAAACCAGCUUCCUGCUAGCUUUGCACGGCCCCAGAUGCCUGCAACGAAAGCUCCAUCUGUAGCUCAUCCUGUCCCAGAAGCCAUCUCCAACAAGACUACUCAUUUCUUGGCCUUGGACAAAUGCCAGCCUCAUCGCCACUUUCUAGAACUACUUGAGCUUCCUCUUGUCUCUGAUCAAACAAAUGUUCAGCAUUCACGUCCCUUCCGCCUGGAAUAUGAUAAAGAGUGGCUGGCAAUCACCCGCGUUUUUGCAAACGAGCUCCAGCUGGGGAAUCCCAGUGCUCCUAACGCUCCUGACCGCGGCGAAGUCUUCUACAAGCCCCUCAUCGAGGAGGCUGAGGAGUGGGUUGAAGAGAACAUCGUCAAGACAGGAAGGAUAACCAUACCCGAGAGUUUCACUCCAACCGCCCCCUUCUAUGACGCUGCCAUUCCCAUUCAUACCGACAUUAUGCCCCCCGAAUACUCGAACCCUCAAACUGCGCAGUUCUGUGAACUGAUUGGUAUUGAAAAUAAGUUUCACCUGACCGAGGAGGAACGCCAGGCGCGAGCACAGGCAGGUCCGCGUCCCAGCAACCCGCGAUUCAACAACUCCAAUCGACGCAUCCCUCGUCGUGGCGGCGGCGAUGGUCAUUCUGGCGGUGGUCAAUGGCGUGGAAGAGGAAACGGUCGUGGCCGCGGUCGUGGUGGGGGUGCUCCUCGCUGGUAA